GAAUUAUCGCUUUUCAUUAAAAAUGAAGAAAGUUAUAGCUAAAACAAAAGCGGCCGCUAAUUUGCCGCACCCUGUAUUAAAAUUUAACAAAAAAAGAGAGAAAAAUGGCACUUAUUUAUGCUUCAGCUGUCAAUAGAAGAAUGAAUGCAUUGCAGAAGAAGAAUUCAGCGGAUAUAACUCCCCAUUCACACAAUCAACAUUCUGAAUUAUUUCAACAUUGUAAACAACGUUCAAAUGAAGAUUCGGCUAUACCCAAUGUUUUUAAUGUUUUGAAUAAUGAUAAUAAUGGUGGUGGGGGUGGGGGUGGAAUUAAUGAAAAAAAACAAUAUAGAAAAAUGUCAAAUGCAAAAAAUAAUACACAUUCAAACCCUAUAAUUAAUGGAACUAACGGAAGUGACGUUUUUGGAGGAAAUGACGGGAGUAGUAUAUCAAAAACAUCUACUAAUAGUAGUGGAGGAAGUACUAACUCUAAUUGUAGUAAUAAUAAAGCAGCAGCUCUUUUACAAUUUCAACAGCAAUUAUUACUUCAACAACAACAACAAAAUAAUCACCAGAAAAAAGGUACCCAAGCACGUGAUCAAUUAGCGGCAUUAUUUAAUCGCCUCGUUGUUGAUGAUUCAACACCCCGUUCUCGUCCUCAUCGGAAAAUAUCUACUCCUGUAAUGGCACAAAGUAUGACUGCAUCUAUGUAUGGAAAUAUGAAUGGAGAAAAAAGUGGAGGAAGAAGAAACAGCAAAAAAAGUAGUAAGCCGAAUUCACCAAUUAGUCCAAAUAAUGAUUCAAAGGGGCACUUCUUUGCAAAGUUUGGGAAAGCAAUACGCCGUAGAAGUGUUAGUGCUGAUGAAUCUAUGUUUCGAAAAAGAGUUGGCACAGUUUCAUCAAUAGAUUCCUCUCAGGGAGGUGAGGAAAGUUUAUCUCCAAAUACCCGUUCAAGAAAGACUAGUGCUUUGAAUCGAAUGAAAGAACGUUUAAAUAAAUGGAAAAUUUCUGGAUAA